AUGAUACUAGUUCCAUGUUACAUGUGUCAGUGCACUGAGUUACAAGCAAGCAGCAAUCAGGGAUCUGGCCAGGGUCAAGCUCCAAGUAGGAGUUAUAUGGCUGAGAAAGAUUCUGAUUCCUUAGCGUCCCAUUGUGUUUCUGAAGGAGAGAAGAACACUGAUCAAGACACCACAACCACCACCAGCCAUCCAUUUCCAGCUUAUACCAGUGAAGGGUCAAAGUCCAUAAAUCAGGUGAAGGAUGAAGUCCAGCAUAUUGGCAGUACUAGUCAAAGCAUUUUCUUGGAAUCUACAGCAGAACUCAAUGUGGAUUCUAUUUCAAACCCUGCGAAGAAACUGUCUAGAUUUGAGGCAGCAGCUGCAGAAGCAGAGCUUGACAUGCUUCUCGACUCGUUUAGUGGAACAAAGUUUCUUGAUUCCCAUGGCAUCACGGAGAAGUCCGGUCACACAUCUUAUUUGUCACAAGGAGAAACCUCAAAUUUGUUGUUGGAAGGAAUUUCAUCUGUUUGGUUGGUUCCUGCUGAACCAGUGAAGAAAGACCCAGAUUUAUCUAGUUCUGCACUGGUAUCUGCCAAUCUGGAUGAUGAUACCAUUGAUGACCUACUCAAGCAAACAUCCAGUCUAAUAAACAACAAUAGUCCAUCACAGUCCAGUGAGGUAAAGGCUGCCCCUUCUGAUGUUCUAUCUUCCUCUUCCUUGCACCCUGCUUCCAAGUCUAAACUUUUGGAUGAUUUUGAUUCAUGGUUGGAUACAAUUUGACUGAGCAUCAUCUAUAAAAUCCACAUAGUCCAUAAUUGUUGUCCUUUCACUUGUUUGAGGAUGCUUUUUCAGUUCCUUUGACCUUAUGACAUUGUGCUGGUUCAGUGGCAUGAUCAUUUAAGCAUUGGUUAGCACCGUGCAAGAUAAAAACUCACAUUGAAAUCCAGUCUAAGAGGAGGGAGAAGAAUUUUUACAUUUGAUCAUAAAUAGCUGAUAUAAUGUGAGAUCUAUAACUGUGGGUUAAAUUCGGUUAUAUUCUUUUUCCAUUAAUUCAUUUCAUCGCUGGUACAUAUUCUUUCACUGAUGACACUUAAAUUUCG